CUUCCGGAUCUCACGUCUUCCCGUCACGUGAUCAUAAUAAGACCGAGCUCCAGAUUUAGCGCCAAACGGAGGCGCGGUCAUGCGCAGUCGGAACCGGAAGUUCAUGACCGAAUAAAGUUCCAGUUUAUUAUUUGUAGGAGUUUUAAAGAUGUUUUGUGAAAAAGCGAUCGAGUUGAUCCGGGAACUUCAGCGGAUGAGCGACGGACAGCUGCCCGCGUUUAACGAGGACGGGCUGAGGCAGAUUCUGCAGGAGAUGGAGUCUCUGUACGAACAGAACCAGAGCGACGUUAACGAGGCGAAGUCCGACGGUCGAGCGGAGCUGAUCCCUUCUAUCAAAUUGCGUCACUGCUGCCUGCUGAGGAACCAGCGCUGCGUCGCCGCCUACCUGUACGACCGCUUGCUGAGGAUCCGAGCUCUGCGCUGGGAGUACGGCAGCGUGCUGCCCGCCAACGUUCGAUUCCACAUGUGUGCGGAAGAGCUGCAGUGGUUCAGUCAGUAUAAAAAGUCUCUGGCGUCGUUCAUGCGUUCUCUGGGUGCAGACGGUCUGGACAUCACUCAGGACAUGAAGCCUCCGAAGAGUCUCUACAUCGAGGUGAGGUGUUUAAAGGACCACGGAGAGUUUGAAAUCGACGAUGGAACAGUGAUUCUGCUGAAGAAGAACAGUCAGCACUUCCUGCCGCGGUGGAAAUGUGAGCAGCUGAUUCGUCAGGGCGUCCUGGAGCACGUCAUGUCCUGAGGGAGGGGGAGGAGCCAGAGAGCGGCGAGCUGGAGAGUUUAAAUCAGCUGAGUGAUGUUGAUGAAUCGAUACAAAUUAAAACUGUUUUUCUAAA